UGGAAACAGUGAUGUAGCUUUGAAGAUGCCAUCCUUUAUCGUCUAUCGUUUUCUCUUCUUUGUCUUUUUGUCCAAUAUUAACGGGAUAGCUAGUAAAUCCAUUCCUGAAAGCGCAGCACUGGAGGUGCAGGUGAGGGUGCAGGUGUUUGAUGGUGGAGAUCUGUCACCCCUGCCGAAUGCUGCCAUCACUGUCUAUGGUAACCAGAGUGUGCUGGCACAAAGUAAAGCAGGCAGUGAUGGCGUGCAGGAGGUCAGCUUCCUGUACCGCACGGGAACAUGGGUAAUCAUUACAGCAUCUCAGAGAGAUUACCUCACCAGCUCAGUGCCAUGGCAUGCCAGCCGUUUACCCUUGUAUGCAUCUGUCAGUCUUUACUUGAUGGCACAGAAGCCUGGUACACUGAUCCUGUACGAUGAUGUCAUCCAGGUGUUUCAUGGCUCUCCAAGUGGGCGGAGUCAGCCAUGGCUGCAAAUUCCAAGGCGGAGCCUACAGUUUAACUCCUCUUACACAGAACUGACUGCAGUUUUAACAACAGCCAGAGAGCAAAAUGAAAUUAACUUGUUCCCUUACCCUCUCGCCCUGGAACCAAACAACACAGGAGGAGAGACUGGAUGGACGGACCUGACAGCAAUAGCAGCGGUCAGCGCUCAGCUGUUUGAUCAUGAGGGUCGAGCGGUUGAAGUCAUUGAGCCCGUUCAUAUCUCCGUGCCUCUGCCCUCUGAUUCCCACAUAAGAUCUACCACCAGCAUACCCGUGUGGGUGUAUGACACUAAGACAGGACUAUGGGUACGAAAUGGAACAGGAUUUAUCACCCGAGAGGGAUCAAAGCUAAUAUGGGACUUCACUGCUUCACAGCUUGGCUACUGGAUUGCAGCCUUCCGAUCUUCAACAGGCUCAGGUUUAUCUCAUCCAGGCCUGCGGGACAUCACAGCUUACCACACCUUCUUUCUGCUGUCCAUACUGGGAUCUCUCGCACUGCUCGUACUUGUCUUACUCUGUGUCCUUCUGUACUACUGCAGGCGAAGGUGUCUGAAGCCCAGGCGUCAACAGAAACAUGUCCAAGCUCCAUCUGCUUUGAAUGGAUCAAAGCGGGACCAAGGCACCUCCACUUCCCACUUGAACCUCAUCUGUGGUGGCCAUGUUGAAUCCGUUGCCACCAAUGGCAACUUAGAUGCCAACAAAUCUGAUGGCUCACCCUCCCAUGCCUUCAAGAGUGCUUGGGAUGAGCUUUCCAGGCACGUUCCUGCCCAUAAACUCAAGCAUUCUUCUAAGACCAAGCAGUCCAAAGGUGCCCAAUCCAAGCAAUCAAAAGGUGAAAGCUUCCCAAUGAAGGUACAUCGAUCAACAGAAACAAGCAGUCUGGACAGCAAUCUUCUACACGAUGACUACGGACGCAACUAUAGCCCUGAUGACAAAGAUCACGAUUAUCGCCGAAGGCACGUUGUCAAUGACAAUUGUGGCUACACGUCCGACCCGCCUUCACCACCAAUUGCAGACAAGCCGCCGGAAUAUUCACAGGUUUUGCAGGGACCAGAUCACCUUGCUCGUCCAACGUCGCUAAACACGCAACCAGGUCAGAUUAUAUUCUGCAGUUCAUUGGAUCAGAUGAAGGAGAACAUGUACCGUUCUAUGGUACCAACUCUUGUGAUCCCAGCCCACUACAUGAGGCUGUCGUCUGAGUUUGGUGCCACAGAUCAAGGUAAGGAUGGGCAGAGUCAGGCAGAAAAAGACAGAGAUGGACAGAGUUCACACGUUACUAGCAGCGGGGUUCAGAACCAAAGCCACCAGGGUCAGACCCCAGGCCAUAGUGAAGGCGAACAAGGGUCAUCUCCAGCUGGCUCUGAUGACAGCGUUUGGCCGCCUGGUGGUCCACCAGCACCGGUUCAUAUACCUGUUUUGUUUAAUGACUCCACCAUCUCACAGAUGAACGGGGAGCUACAAGCACUCACAGAGAAGAAGCUUCUGGAGUUGGGGGUGAAGCAGCACCCUCGCGCCUGGUUCAUAUCUCUUGAUGGCCAUGCCAAUGCUCAUGUACGACACUCGUACAUCGAUGUAGGUGCUGAGCUCAGCCAUAGUGGAACACACAGUGGAAAUCACAGUGCCCAGAGCACGCUUAGCGCCCCUGCUGGCAGCAGUAAGGACCGUAUCAUAGAUACUCCAAGUCUCCAAGGCACCCAACAUGACCGCAAGUCAUUAUCCGGUCGCAAGAGCAAAGAGGAGCACCAUGGAAGUGUGCGCAAGAGUCAUGGAAGCACCUCCAGCAGUACCAGUGGUGGCAAACACUACAUGAAACCCAUGUAUCAUGACCCUCUUGAUCUGAGUGGAGGUGUUAGCCGCAUGGGUGCCAGUUUGCCACUGGAAAAUGCUCUGACUCCUCUUUUGGAUGAUGGUCCCGAAGAGCCGAGGGGGUCUUCAAUGCCACAAAGGGGUCGAAGCCACGGUAACAGCUCUCGUAGUAGCAACAGCGAAACGCAACGUGACUCAGUUACCAGCCCGGAGGAUGACAAUGAACUGGACGACAAAGACGAAAACAAGAAGAGUCCCUGGCAACGGAUUGAAGAGCGCCCUCUAAUGGUGUUUCACCCCAAGAAGUAGAACAGAAGAAAAUGAACUCCAUCAGCUGCCUUUACCAAUCAUAGGCGCACUAGAGAUGCAUUCAAAUUGUUCAAAUAAUGAUUAUGAAAGUUUAACAUAUAGUUCAGGCUAAUUUUCACAGACUGAAUGGAUGCAUUUUUUAUAAUUUGAUAAACGCCAUGUCAUUUGUAAAAAAUAUGUAGGUCACUAGGAUGACAGAUAAUCAAUUUGAAUGCAUCUCAGGGGUCAAUGAAACUGAAUUAUGUGGCAACACGCCAUCUUAGUAUUUAUUAUACUAAGGAGGAGGAUAAGGCCUACAUUCAAUACAAGACCAGCCAUUGCAGAGUAAGGAAACCAAGAAAACCAUACAAGGGGAGUUUUAUAAUAAGAACAACAGAGUAACACCAGUUUACAGUUAACAGUAAUUUCCAAACUAGUCAAACUCUUACAAAUGAUUGCAUCCAAAAACACCUGGAUACCUUUUCACUCACAAUGGCUUGGAAUGGUUGGAUUUCUCUAAUGCUUCAGUAACAUUUGAUGUUUUUCAGAAAUGUUGAACUUUUAGAGACCUGCUUCCUUAUGUUCUUAUGCAGUAUCAUCAUUGGUAUUCUCUCCUAAUACUUUCUCUUUCUCACUUACCUUCAGUAUUCAUUAUUUUGAUAUCAGUUCUUAAUUCAAUCUUUCGUACUAAUUUUAUAUACAUUUUGUGCAUUGGUUAUCUGAAAUAGUUCUGAUUCUUAACAUUCUAAAUGGUUUACAUUUAGUCCUUCAUUUCUUAGUGUAACUAUGUGAAACAUUUAAUUAACAAGGCUUUGUGUUCACAUUAGACAAAUGUGUUUUUAUGGCAAUUUCUGCAAGUCAUUACUCAAUAAUGCAUUCUUGAAUUCUUAAUCAUUUUCAAUUUGCAACACAUUGUCCACUGUACUGUAGUUUUCUUUGACUCUGUUCAAAGAGAAAGGCCUAAAUUUAGCACUUGUUGUGCUGAAGUUUGGAUUAGUUAAGGAAAAGCUGAUUCCAAAUUAAAAUCCAUGUGUUUCUUUUCUAUGGGAUUCUGUUAAUGUUUGUAAUGAAAAAGCACAAGAAUGGACGUUUCUCACUGUUAGUUUUAAUUCAGAAUAAUUCAUUUGUAUUGCUUCCAACAUUUUUCAUAUUCAAAUUGGUACAGAGUGCUUUUCAUUUGUUUAGAAGAAAAUUAUUUUGUGUAUAUGUAUGACAGCAUUUAUGUGCAUGAGACAACUAGAAUAGGGCAACAGAAUUUUUUUUAUGCAUAAAAUUGAAAUAAACACAAUUUAGCAUGAAGGUGGACACUAGGCGGAGUGCAUCUGAUACUGAUGCCAAACAGAGAGGAAUUUGCCAAAAUUUCAAAUGCCAUUUUGAAAUGUAAUUAUAUAGUUUACAGGCCAGUGUUUGGCCAACGUUUGCCCAUCAAAAUUCUUCCAGCAUUGUUAGCUUUCACACUGUCGGUACUUUGCAUUACCUGUGAAAAAAAGACUUGGAUCAUUUUAAUAAGCCAAUCAUAAAUUAAAUGCUGAUAAGUUAUGACACUUCUUAACUGGUAUUUGCCUAUUUAUUAUUUUUUUAAACAAUUGUUUGAUCUGUUCCUUGUUUACCAUUUUAAAACAAGCACAAGACAUGUUGCACAUUUAAAAGCACCAUUUUGUAAAAUUAUUAAGACUGAUUUACAAGGUACUCUAUGCUGCAUGAGGGCUGAUCUCAAGAACUGUUUGAUGACAAUCAAACAUGAGACAACUGAGACAUUUACUAAAACAGUUCUGCUCAUGCUGAUCAGGUGCCAAUCAUACUGUAUUGAAAGACCAGUGGUUAAUGGUGACUUUUGCAAUGCUUGUCAACUAACUGCAAAUAGCAAAGCUGUUGCAACAUGUCUUAAAUCCAUCACAAAGCCAGUGCAUAAAGGGAUAGUUGAGUUCACACAAAAAUCUAAUUUCUGUCAUCAUUCAAUCGCCCUCAUAUUGUUUGAAAGGUGCUGAAAACCCUAAACCUCACUUCUCUGAAAACUGACCCAUAUUUUUUUUAACGUAUUUAUUUAUUUUAGAUUUGCACACAUUUUUAUUUUUUAAAUUAUUGAUCUGGUAGCUCAUUUCUCAGUUUUAUUCAUGGUCAAACUACUCAUGAAAUCAAAGCCAUUCAUUUUCGCUUUCAUCUUCAUAUUUUGCUCACAACCUGUGGAUAAUUUACACAGGAAAUAUCUAUAUGCCUUUGUCAAUGUAUACGUUAAUCACGUGAUGUGGUGCUCUGAAAACACAUUUCCCUCUGUCCUGUGUAAAUAUUUCUCUCUUUGGCUGAAAAUGAAUAUGCCAUUUAUAAUGUUAUGAGUGUUGUUUUCAUUGUGCACAACAACUUUGCAAAACUGUUCUAAAAUCAAUUUAGAUGGAACUUUUGCAAUUUUAUAAUUUGUUCAUAUUAUGAAUAUGAAAAAUCACAUGUGAAUGUGGAAUUACAGCUGGAAAUACAUGGUUUCACUUCUGAGAUGUCCAAAAGUCAUGUGACAUACAAUAAAAAACUUGCAAUU